AUGACCAAACUACCCUUCAUCAUCGUCUCGGUCAUAUCCAUUCUUACAUUUUUGAAAGCCGAUGAAUUAGGCGAGCUCAAACUGUCCUCCAUGACACUUUACUUCCAAGACUAUUUUGGUGGAGCUAAUGCAACGAUGAAACCUGUCACGUUUUCUGGCGAUGCAUGGUCGUUCAAGCAAUUUGGGACGAUAUUUUGUACUGAUGAUGUGAUAACUGUAACAAUGGAUCAGGGUUCGGCUCAAGUGGGUCGAGCUCAAGGUAUUUAUGUGACAUCUGCGUUGGAUGGGUCCAACUCACAUGUCAUGAUAUCUGUUGUGUUCACUAAUGAUGAGUUUGGUGGUAGCACGUUGGAGGUGCAAGGGACUAGCAAGCAGUUUGAGAGGGUGAGAGAGGUGGCGGUGGUUGGUGGUACUGGAAGAUUUCGGUUGGCUAGAGGUUAUGUCACUUUUGAGACCGUUCAUCUUGAUUUGUCGUUAUCGUACUCGAUCAUUGAGGGCAAUUUUACUAUUUGGCAUUAUUAA